AUGGAACAGGUAACGGGCCAUGACAUAUAUAUGUGGUGUGUGGAUAAGGGAAUAGAUCCCCAGUGCAUUUUUGGGCUAGGCGGGGAUUUUAAGGAAAUCAAUGAUGACAUCGUUUUAAAGGAAGUUACAAAGCUGUAUGGGAUCCACAGGGCACAGGUGGCUGAUCGGUGGCAGGGAAAAGUUGGAGACACCAUUGCUGUGCUUAUAAAAAAUGAAAAUAGUUUAGAUCCCAUCUUACUCCCGGGGAUGAUCGUGUUGACUAGUAUCCCAGAUAGAAGGUUGACACUGCUGUGGCCUGAAGUUGGACAUGAUGGAGAUGAGGAAAGGGAUGGUCCAGUUACUGUGCAGCCAGUAUCGGGAGGUGACUCAAGAGGUUUUAGGUCUAAUAGGGCUCCUCCUAGAGAUCAAGACGCUAAUGACCCUAUGGCAGAAAGUAAUCAGGCAGAAGCAGUAGUCGAUAAAGUGGUGAGUCACCUAGAACGGUGGCAUUUCGAAGGAGGUUACCGAAGACUAAGAAUAUUUUCGGGAAUAAGCCCUGUACCAGCGGGGGAAGAGAACUACGAACUUUGGAGGGAAGCGGCUAUACAGCACUCUGAAGAGUGGCAAUGCCCUGAACACAUCAAGCGACAGCGUGUUGUAGAGAGUUUGAGGGGCCUUGCUAUGGGGAUUAUUCAAGCCACUAGGAGAAGUAAUCAACAGGCUUCCCUUAUGGAUUAUAUAGAAGCUUUAGACUAUUCAUAUGGAACCAUAAAAGAUGUAGGCGACCUGUUGGCUCGUUUGAACAGCACUUACCAGGAAUAUGGAGAGUCAUUAACCCGGUAUAUUUAUCGAAUAGAUAGACUCAUCUAUAAAAUUAUUGAUAAAGGUGGAAUACCACGAGAACAAGCUGAUGAAAGACGGCUCAAACAAGUAUUGAAAGGAGCUCUCACAAAUUGCUCAGUGGCACAAAAGCUCCGAUGUACUUUGUACAAGGCUAUCCCGCCCACUCUUAAUGAAUUAGUGAAAGAGGUAAAACUUGAGGAAGUGCAGAUCGAGAACCGUGACAAAACUGUAAAAAAAGUGAAGGUAAUUUCCCCCGUGGCGGAAAAACCUUCUCAGGAUGAGCGAUUGCUGACAUUACUGGAGGAGCAAAAUAAAAAAUUAGAACAACUGAUUGCCCUUCAGACAAAUAUCCAAGUUAGAGAGUAUAUACCUGCUACACAAUCUAGCCUGGGGAGGGGAAAUAGUAGACGGGGAGAGAAUAGGCCUCCACUUAUAUGCUAUGCAUGUGGAUAUGAGGGGCAUCGAGCCUUUGAAUGCCCAUUGAAUACUUCGAGAUUCAGAGGAAGAGGAAAUGGCAACUAUAACAAUAUUCGUAGGCCGGAAUCUCUGGAAAACUCCAACGGGAGUCCUGUGACCCCCUCACAGGCUCCCCAAUUAUAA